AGUCAUCUUGAGCGGUUGCGAUUAUGGUAUCGUCUCGAGCUAGAAUCAAGGGAGGAUGGCUGGAUAAGUAUCAGUACGAUGAAGAGGAUAAAAAUGCAUUAACCACUGCUAAAAGCAGUGCAUAUUCACUAAAAGGUGUAUUAUCCAGUAGUGGAGGCAGAUCAUCACUAGAACGUGCUUCGUCCACUCCUGGAACUAUUGCAAGUUUCUUGAAACAAAGAAGAUUCCUUUUUAUCGGUUUCGUGGUUGGUGUCUUGCUUGCCCUCAUUCUUGUAGGCAUUGUGGCAAUCAGAAAAAUGAUCAGGAUGCGUCGUGGCGCAAUGUCGAGUAAAGAGGAAGGUUCCUUGGAUAGACCAAAGAAAGGAUCGAAAGAAGCGAAUGCCGAAAAUGCUGAAUGAUACUAUUCUGUGACGGCAUACAAAAUCGAUG